AUGGGCGCCGGCAGGAGGCAGCGAGCCUCGGCAGCCCUCUCGCUCAGCCUGCUCUCGCUCGCCUUCUCCAUCACAGCCUUCGGCAGCAGCUACUGGUGCGAGGGCACCCGGAAAGUGGCCAAGCCCUUCUGCAGCGAGCUCAGGGGUGGGACGCGCUGCAUCCGCUUCAACAGCUCCGGGGCCAACGACAGCAACGCGGUGCAGUACAUCUGGGAGACGGGCGACGACAAGUUCGUCGACCGAAAGUUCCACGCCGGCAUCUGGUACUCCUGCGAGGAGGCGCUCGACGGGGCAGGUGAGAAAUGUAGAAGUUUUAUCAGCCUGACACCCCCGGCAGAUCGAGGGGUUCUGUGGUUGUCCAUUGCAGCCGAGCUCCUCUACAUCACGUUACUCCUGAUGGGCGUCAGCCUCAUGUUGAUCGAAAUCUGCCAUUCUAUCGGCAUCCUGGACGGACUGAAGCUCAACGCCUUUGCUGCGAUAUUCACCGUUCUGGCAGGUCUCCUAGGAAUGGUGGCUCACAUGAUGUAUACGACAGUAUUUCAGAUGACUGUCAAUCUUGGUCCAGAGGACUGGCGCCCACAGACCUGGGAUUAUGGCUGGUCUUACUGUCUUGCAUGGGUCUCCUUUGCCUGCUGCAUGGCUUCCUCUGUGACCACAAUGAACAGAUACACAAAAACAAUUCUGGAGUUUAAGUAUAAACAGAAAAAACUGGAGAGAAGGUUAAAGGUGAAAUCCAAGUCCUCCAACCCAGAAAAGGCCUGGAAGAUGUACAUUGACACCAUCCAUCACAGCACCACUGAGGACUUCAUGCACCACCUGACAGACAUCCACAGCCCGGCUUCUCCGACAGCGUUUGCAGAACUGAAUAACAUCCCCAUGGCACAUUGUGAAGAAUAUUGCUAAAUAUGUGCUACGGGGUUGAUGAGGCAGGAGGGCUGGAAGCAGCCUAUGGUGACUUGAUGCACUAUUUUGUAUGUCAAGGAUUGCUGUUCUCGCUGUAAAACUUGUUGAUGACUUACAAACAGAAUGCCAAGGAAAAAAGGCCUUUUGCUUUUUCAUUUCCCCCUUUCCUUUUGCUUCCAA